AUGUUCGGUCUUCCGUCAUCCAAGAAAGGGAAGAAGAAGGCCGGGCCAGCUAAACGCACCAGGGCGGUAGAGGAGAUUGGUCCAAGAGGUCUCCCUUACACUGCGUUAGAGCAGCAGGUUCGACGGCUUAAGGAGAAGCAUCCAGGGGUGCUUCUCAUGAUUGAGGUUGGCUACAAGUACAAAUUCUUCGGCGAAGAUGCCCAAAUCGCUUCAAAAGAAUUGAGUAUUGUAUGCUAUCCCGACCAUAACUACCUAGUCGCGUCAGUUCCUGACCACCGCCGAGAUAUACAUCUCAAAAAGCUUCUAUCGAGAGGGCAUAAGGUUGGCAUUAUUGAGCAGACCGAGACUGCCGCAUUGAAAAAAGCGAGCGACAACCGCAAUGCUCCCUUUGAGCGAGAACUAACCCAUCUCUACACAGCUACUACAUAUGUCGAUGAGAUAGACUCCGUAGAUGAUGUGGACAAGUCCACCGCUCCUCUUUUAAUGUGUUUGGUGGAAGAAUCCCGUGGGGGUAUGGGCGCUGACGAGAAAGUCUGCAUAGGCAUGAUUGUCAUUUGCCCCAGUACCGGCGAUGUCGUCCAUGAUGAGUUCAUUGAAGUCGAAUUGAGCGAGUCAUAUCAGACGCGGAUGGUACACCUGAAGCCUGCCGAACUUCUGCUGCCUUCCAAGAAAAUGAGCAGCCCGACCGAGCGCAUGCUUAACCAUUUUGUUCACAGGAAUGGGACGGGUGGUAAUACAAUUCGAGUAGAAAGAUACAAACACCCAAUGUCCUACACUGAUGCUUUCAAGUACGUGUCCGAUUUCUACGCCCGAAAGCUAGAGUCAGGAGUAGCCUCUCAAACUGUGGCCUCCGGUACGCCGUUUCCUUCUUCAACUUGUUUUCUAGGAAAACUCAUGGCGGGCAUCACAGACUUUCCUCGCCAAGUCGUUGUUGCGCUUGCAGAGUGCAUCAAAUAUCUUUCUGCAUUUAACAUCACAGACGCCCUAUUGGCCACUGAAUUUUACAGCACAUUUACGACCCGGACACACAUGCUAUUGAAUGGAAAUACCCUCACGAACUUGGAAAUAUACCGCAACGAAACAGAUUUUACCAUCAAAGGCUCUUUGAUGUGGGUUUUGGAUCACACGACAACGAAAUUUGGAUCUAGACUCCUGCGAGAUUGGGUCGGAAAGCCGUUGGUGGACAGGAGUGCAUUGCAAGAACGAAUAGAUGCCGUAGAAGAAAUCAUUGAGAGCCCAUCCAUGAAGCUGGUUCAACUGCGACAAGUCCUGAAAGGAUUGCCUGACCUAGCGAAAGGUCUGUGUCGUAUCCAAUACGGCAAAUGCACUCCAAAAGAGCUGUCCGUUCUACUCCCGGCCUUGAACAAGGUCGCUGUUGCGUUUCAUGCGGUAGAUAGCCCAGCGGACGUUGGCUUCAAUUCACCGAUUUUAAAUGAAAUCAUGGCGGCGCUGCCUCGGCUGAGAGAACCUGUUCAACGCCUCAUAGGCGAAAUAAACCUGAAACGUGCGGCUGAGGGCAACAAGGCAUUAAUGUGGACUGAUUGCGAAAAAUAUCCCUCUGUCUCAAAUGCUGACAUGGGUAUCCAGGCUAUAGAAAUGGAUAUAGCGGAGGAAUUGAAGUCGAUCAGAAGGGUGCUUAGAAAGCCACGCAUCGAGUGGACGACUGUCAAAGGUGAUGAGUAUCUGAUCGAACUACCUACUGAAGAGCAUGCAAAAGCUCCAGAGAACUGGCAGGUUUUCUCUUCCACGAAGAAAGUCCGUCGAUAUCGUUCGCCAAUUAUUAAUGCCAAGCUUCAGGAACUUGCGCAGUUACAAGAGUUGCUUGAAGACGCAGCCAAGCAGGCCUUUGCCUCUUUUCUUGAAGACAUUUCACAAAAUUAUUAUGCCUUGCUGCGCGAUGCAGUCAACAAGCUUGCCGUCGCUGACUGUCUUCUUAGUCUAGCGCUCGUAUCCGUCAAAGGCGAUUAUGUCAAGCCCCAGUUCAAUGAUGAUGAAGACGUCUUAGAGAUCAUAGACGGUCGUCACCCCAUGAUCGAAGCGAUGCGAUCGGACCCCUUCAUUCCCAACACUGUCACAAUGGGUGCCGACAAGCCCAGGAGCAAGAUUAUUACUGGGCCCAAUAUGGGAGGAAAAAGUUCGUCCGUAAGGAUGAUUGCCCUCAUCACAAUCAUGGCACAGAUUGGAUCUCAUGUCCCGGCCAAAUCAGUCAAAAUGAGCAUGAUAGACGGGAUCCUUACAAGAAUGGGCGCGUCAGACGAGCUUGCUAGAGGACGAUCUACAUUUAUGGUCGAAAUGUCUGAGACGAGCGACAUUCUCCUCCAUACAACCGCUAAGAGUCUGGUUAUUCUCGAUGAGCUAGGCAGAGGAACUUCAACUUUUGAUGGGAUGGCCAUUGCCCAAGCCGUCUUGCAGCAUCUCGUUCAGAUGAAGAGAUGCAAGACUUUGUUCAUCACACAUUAUCCACUAGUGGCAACAGAACUUGAGCGACGAUUCCCAGGCGACUUGGAGAAUCUGCACAUGGGAUUUUCUGAGGAGACGAGAGCCAAUAAUGUCAGGGAGAUUACCUUUCUGUACCGGCUUACAGCUGGUUUAGCGACAGAGUCCUUUGGUAUCGAAUGCGGACGAUUAGCGGGUCUCUCAGAAAACAUACUAGAGGCCGCAGACGUCCAUGCGAACAAAUUACGUCUGCAGGUGGAAGAGCGACAUAAACGCAAUAAGUCGGGCAAUCCUUCACCUUCAUCUGCAUAA